AUGGCAGACACAUCAAUUGAAGAGCCUUCAGUGCCCGUCUCUGCGACGGAGCAGACACUCGCGACACAAAAUGAAGCAUCCGAGACCACACCACAGGGGGAUCAGCAGGUCCAGCCGGCCAGGAAGACAAAGUUGAUCAGACGAAAGAAGAAGCCCGCGCGUAUCCAAGUUGACGCAUCCACACUCGUGACCGAGUCUCCAGCGCAACCCGGUGCAGAUUACAACAUCUGGUACAAUAAAGCAUCAGGAAACGACGACGACAAAUACGGCCUCAACCAGCCGGCUCCUUACCGUGUCAAUAUCGCCCGCGAUUCAGGAUAUACUGUUGCUGAUCGUAUAGUCGGGUCAUACUUCUGUGUUCAUUUCGCUCGUGGAUCAUGCACCCAGGGCCCCCAGUGCCAGUACCUUCAUCGCCUACCUACAAUCCAUGAUAUGUUUAACCCCAACGUCGACGUGUUUGGCCGCGAGAAGCAUUCGGAUUACAAGGAGGACAUGAGUGGUGUUGGUAGUUUCAUGAGAGUGAACAGGACCUUAUAUGUUGGACGGUGCCAUGUGACUGAUGAUAUUGAGGAGGUUAUCUCCAGGCACUUCCAAGAAUUCGGACAAAUCGACCGCAUCCGAGUGCUCACUGGUCGGGGUGUUGGAUUCGUCACAUACUCAACAGAGAGCAAUGCCCAAUUUGCAAUGGAGGCAAUGGCACGACAGAGUCUAGACCACGAAGAAAUUAUCAAUGUACGCUGGGCAACUGUCGACCCGAACCCUAUGGCACAGAAGCGCGAGGCCCGUCGUCUGGAGGAGCAAGCCGCCGAGGCCGUUCGCCGAGCACUUCCCGCAGCCUUUGUAGCAGAGAUCGAAGGCCGAGACCCCGAGGCUAAAAAGCGGAAGAAGAUCGAGGGAUCGUUCGGGCUUCAGGGCUACGAUGUUCCGGAUGACGUGUGGCAUGCCAGGACUCGUCAGUUGGAGGAUGCGAAUCAAGCAGCUCAAUUGGAGGCCCCGGCACAACCGCUUAUGAUUGAAUCUACAUCUGAGUCAGUGUCUGCUCCUGCGCCGGUUGAGCAGCCACAGGCCCAGGGCAAUUCCAUCUUCUCCAGCUCUGCUCUCACGGCGCUACGGGGCUUGAAUGGAACGGUACAGACUCAAGCUCCCAAGGCUGCUGGGGGGCCACUGGUUGGCUAUGGAAGUGACGAAGAUAGCGACUGA